GGGCCCAGGCUUGACUCUCGACUCGCUGCUCUGCCUUUUAUUCUACUCUGGAGUUCCGACUGGCUACUCGGACCGUCUACUACCCUUCGCUGGAGUCGUACACGUGUGUGUGUGAGAGAGAGAGAGAGAGAGAGAGAGAGAGAGAGAGGACUCUUCACUGGCUGCUUGAACUCUCGACUCCCUACGCUACAAAUACACACACUCAUCGCACACACAUACACAGACACAUAUAUACCGACACAUUCAUCACAACAGGAGUUCAUUUUGCAGCGCGGUUCGUGCGGACAUGUGGUAGCGAAGCCGUUGCUGGAGGUUGGGCUCUGCACCGUGAAGGUUGAAGACGCUGAGGCCGCCAUGAAUGAAGGUCUCGUAAAGCAUAGCAGACCAGCUUUCGUCUUCUAGCUGGCGCGAGAAUCGUGGCGUCUGAAACGUGCUCUGUCGGCAGGGGCGGUUCUUGUGUGUGUGUGUGUGGGAGAGAUAGAUAGAUAGAGAGAGAGAGAGAGAGGCGCACACAAUUGUGCGUGUCUGUAUUGAUUGUGUGCGAGGUUUUGCGUGUGUGUGUGUGUGUGUGUGUGCUGGCGAACGCGCGAGUUACGGUGGUCAACUCCCAGGGCGCAGUGCGAGCCAGAUAUUUCGGUUCCGAAAGACGCUCGUUCUUCUCUUCGUGGCACGGAAAGAGAAAAAGAUCGACACGUUUUGUGAGUCCAUCACGGGCAGCGAGCGCUGAACUCGCUCUUCCACGCGACUCAGUGGGAGAAGGGUUUCGGAAGUCAUCACCGAUCCGCUUUGGAAAGCGGAGAGGAAGGCGGGGGAAGUGUCUGAGAAAGUCUAGCGAGCGCCGAACUUGCGCUUCCAGGUGAUUGCAGUUCAGGCAGGUUGUUGGGGUAGUAGGUAGGCCGUGGUUUCUGUCAUUCGUCUCCCACAAMGAUGGCGAAGGGGUCGGUUAGUCAGUCAUCUUCACUCGUGGCACGCGGAGGAGGGAGUGGUGGGACUGGCGGUUCUCGAGGUGGUCCGAUAGGCGGGGCCUCGCGUGGGAGCGCCGCGGCGAGUGGUCUUCGGAGGCGUCGUGUGAGCGCUGCCGCUGUGGGCGGUGGAGGUAAUAAUAUGCUUCGUUUCUACACGGAUGAUGCGCCCGGAUUGAAAAUCACACCGACGGUUGUCCUGGUUAUGAGUCUUUGCUUUAUUGGGUUCGUGACGAUUCUGCACGUAGUUGGUAAGCUCUAUGCGGUGAGGCCGGCUGCCUAGUUGUCUCACGAGAUACGUUUCUCAUAAUGUGCUGGCUUAUUGGCGGCUUGAGUGCAGCUGAGGACGCAUAUUGGGUGAGGGGUGGGUUCGACGAGUAUCGUGGGGAAACAUUGGCAGCAGGUCUGAAGGGGGGAAAAGCGGGGGUGCGGUGUGUAAUCUAAAGGGAGGUGGUGAUCCAUCUGUGCUCAGUCCUUGCUGUGCGGGCGAUGUUUCUGUGUUCGGGCGAAAGGCUGCUUUUGGGGCAUCAUCAUGACCUGGAAGCGCCGCCAUCGCCUAUGGAGACUGAAUACUCCUGCKCAUCUGUUCUUGUUGUCUUUUGAUAGGAUAGGGCUGAGUCGACUGGAGGUAAAGUGGAAUUCCACGACGGUGGUUCGGAACCAGUACUCUCCCGCUCUUAUUGGAUGCUGAGAUAUGUAGAUGGUUGUGAUGGCGCUUGUCGCGUCGCCUCUGUCAUCGCUGGCUGUUCGCCUGCCUAUCCGGUCCUUAUGCGCAGUGGCGGCUUAUUCUGCCGUUUUUCGUUUGUCAUCUCUUGAAAUAGGGCGAUGAGUUUCCUUUCUCUCGAUGGGUUUGAAGCCGUUGCUCAUGUCUUCCUUGCGGGCUCGGGCCGGUGACCUAGGGCACAUCCCGCCUAUUGCCCGCUCGGUCCAUGCGAGCAGGAACAAAAAAUGGCUGGCGGCGGCGACCUGGGUGGGGUGUCUGUGUCUGUUGAGAGAGAGAGAGAGAGAGAGAGAGAGAGAGAGAGAGAGAGAGAGAGAGAGAGAGAGAGAGAGAGAGAGAGAGAGAGGUGCUAUUCUAUUGUGUGAGAAGAGUCGGAUAUGGCAUGUUUAUGGGUUGAGGCGGUGGGUUCAUCCAAGCAGGGACGAUUACUGGACGAUUUUGAUUGGACAU